GUCAGAUUUUAAUAUAAUGGUUAUAUUUCUGUAUAUGGUUUUAACCGAAAGUACCAAAAACAGAAAAAUUAGCAUGUAUAUGAUACGCUUUUCCAUGUACAUACCCGUCAGUGCGAAAUUAUCAUUUACUUGAGUUUUCAUUCAUCAAAGUUCAAGGACUGAAAAGUGCUGAAGAAAGAUUUUGCCAUAACAACGUAGACGCGUCAAAUUUUUGAUAAAAAAUAGCGUUUUUUUAACAAACAAGUCGGCUAUGCAGCUUUUAGCUGCCGGCUUUCAAAAGAUGUAUAAAAUACUUGUAAAGUUUUCUAGUUAAGCAAAUGACUAAAUUGUUACUAAAAUACACCCAGCUUAUGGUGCGUUAAAUGAAGUAAACUCAGCAAAAUAAAACGGCACCAUGUGAAGGCCACCGGGAGUAUCUCAGAAAAUAUCAAAACAAAUUAGAAAAAAAAAACACUGAGUCUUAUUGUAAUAAAGCGGUCAUUGCGAUUAUCAUCACUGAAAUAGUUAUAUGCAGGAAAUCCAAUUAUUUCUAGAGCUUCAUAAGAAAAAAGGAAAUACCCAAGUGGUAGACGACAGCAAGAAAGUUAUUGUCGGCGACCUCGGUCAAAAAUACAUUGACCAUGUCCGUGCAACAAUUUUGUUUGCGCUGGAAUAAUCAUCAGCCGAAUUUUAUUUCGGUAUGCUCUUCAUUGCUUCAUAAUGGAACGCUAGUGGAUGUAACGUUAGCAGCAGAAGGUCGCCAACUUCAGGCUCAUAAGAUUGUACUUUCUGCUUGCAGCUCUUAUUUUCAAACACUGUUUACAUCGAACCCCUGUCAACAUCCAAUAGUGAUACUAAAAGAUGUGCAGUAUGACGAUCUUAAAACAAUGGUUGAUUUUAUGUACUAUGGUGAGGUGAAUGUAUCACAAGAGCAGUUACCACAUAUUCUAAAAACGGCCGAGAUGCUUAAAAUAAAAGGACUUGCUGAAAUGCCCACCGAUCCUGCCAAUUUAACUAAAUCCGAAAAUAAAUCAUCGAAUGAGCCCGCCGAUCUUGUGGGCAGUGGUAGUACUGGUAGCAAUGGUCAAAGCAGCAGCGGUGUAGCGAGCGGUGGCUUGGGUAGUAGUGCUGGUGGUGGCAGCAUGAGUGACUCGCUGUGGGAGCAGCAGCAUCAUCAUGGACAACAUAGCGACACCCAGUUUCAGUCCCAUCACCAUCAACAACAACAACAACAACAAAAUAGUCAAACGCAAACAUCACAGCAGCAACAACAGCACCAUCAGUUAAGGCGAACUCCGUCGCCAUUGGGCUCGGGAGCCUCCCCAGCUACUAGACGAAAGCGGCUUCGCAAAUCCUCAAACAAUGGAUCUGGCGAUCGCACUAAUUCGGAAGAACAGCACAAUACGUCAUUGGAUAGUGGAAACACCGCUGGCGGUAUAAGUCUCACACAAAUGGGCCAAAUGUCGUUUGGCACUGGGACCAGUACUAUAAGUGGAAUGCCAACUCAUUCUCUGCAUGCAACAAAAUUAUUAAAAGAAUCGACUAGUACUGAUGUGGAACCGCAUCCUCAUGAUGAUAGUUUAGACGGUGGUCAUGCACAUGUUCACAUGCAAAUUAAACCCGAAGUUGAUAUGACCAGUGUACAGCAAUCAAUGCCCUUGGACAUUUCGGCAGCUACUACUCCUUCAGAGCAUGAUGCACCAAAUUCUCAAUCUUCUCAUUCUGGUAAGUCGAAAAUACUCUUAGGAAUUAAAUUUAAAUUCAAUCCAAUAUUUAAUUUAAUGUAUGAUAUAUGUAUAUCUGUGUUCGUAUGGAAAAGCAGCUUAUGUCAAAAGGAAGGCUUUAGUAUAAUGCAGCAUUCGCAGCAUACCAUAGCGAAUGACACAUUGGCGCCGAGACGUUAAAGAACUUUUGGCAAAUAAACGUGCAAGAAACAGUUCUGAUACUAGCAUGUAAAUAU